UAGGCAUGUUGGGAAACAGCGCAGUUAAAAUGAAUGGCCAAGCUGAGGAGCCGCAAUGACAAAUGAAUAAUGUUAAGAGGCUGCAAUUUAAAACCAAGAAAUACAAUACCUGCAAAAACUGAAAUCAAUCGGCGGAGGGGGGGUAUUAUGCGGUGUUCUGAAUCUGAACACGUUUUAAAGUUUUGGACAGACACGCUUCGUUUGGCACCAGUCUGGUAUCAGAAUACAAAUGCACCAAAACGAUGGCAUUAAGAUACGACUUCAAAGGGAUUUAAUUCAUCGCGACGCUCUUUAAAGUGGCAGCAGUACGGACGACAAAGUUCGCAGUACUGGCAAAAUUGCAAUGUAACUGGACCACAUUACAAGAAGGGACACUAGAUUAUUCAAUUGUCAGCGCUCGUUGCAAUGUAAUUGGUCAAUGUCCCUCACGUCGUUACUCGGAGGACUCUAACCAGCCAGAGGAGGAGGAAAGAGGAAGUGAAAACAUCAGCAGAAGCUGCAGAAGCCGAGGAGAGGGCGAGCGAUAUAAACUCCGGACAUCAUCUCUACAAUCGUGAAGCCGUCGGCUUGUUUAAACAGACUUGGAUGAAAGCGAAUCGCUCUUCAGUGUGAAGAUCAUCUUGCUGCCUGUGGCAAGCCUUCCACUCAGCUGCCAUGCCACCACCGGCUGACAUAGUGAAGGUGGCCAUUGAGUGGCCUGGGGCCUUCCCCAAGCUCAUGGAAAUCGACCAGAAAAAGCCCCUAUCAUCUAUUAUAAAAGAAGUGUGCGAUGGGUGGUCACUGGGUAACCAUGAAAACUUUGCUCUGCAACAUGCAGAUACAACCAACUUUUAUAUCACUGAAAAGAAUCGCAAUGAAAUAAAAAAUGGAGCAAUUCUGCGUUUGACUACAUCUCCUGCUCAAACCGCACAGCAGCUGCACGAGAGGAUACAGUCCUCCAGCAUGGACGCCAAACUGGAGGCCCUCAAGGACCUGGCCACUUCGUCCCGUGACAUCACCUUCGCCCAGGAGUUCAUCAACCUGGACGGCAUCUCUCUGCUCACUCAGAUGGUGGAGAGCGGAACAGAACGAUAUCAGAAACUACAGAAGAUAAUGAAGCCCUGCUUUGGAGAUAUGUUAUCAUUUACACUGACGGCUUUUGUUGAGCUUAUGGAUCAUGGCAUUGUCUCCUGGGACACUUUCUCUGUUGCCUUUAUAAAAAAGAUAGCGAGUUAUGUGAACAAGUCAUCGAUGGACGUUGCUGUACUGCAGAGAUCUUUGGCCAUUCUGGAAUCCAUGGUCCUGAAUAGCCAUGAUCUUUACCAGAAGGUGGCACAGGAGAUAACAAUUGGUCAGCUCAUACCUCAUCUACAAGGGAAUGAUCAGGACAUUCAGACAUAUGCUGUUGCUGUAAUUAAUGCACUGUUCCUGAAAGCACCAGAAGAGAAGAGACAGCUUGAUGUGGAGGACAAUGUGAACAUCCUCGAUUGUCCUCUUACAGAAAUGGCAAACAUCUUGGCACAGAAGCAGCUCCGAUCUAUUAUUUUAAGUCAUGUAAUACGAAGCAACAGGUCAAUUAACUCUGAGAUGGCCCAUCAGCUCUACGUUCACCAGGUUCUUACCUUCAACCUGCUGGAAGACAGGAUGAUGACAAAGAUGGAUCCUCAGGAUCAGGCCCAAAGGGACAUUAUAUUUGAACUUCGCAGGAUUGCAUUUGAUGUUGAGUGUGAACCGAAUAACAGCGGCAGCAUAGAGAAACGCAAAUCUAUGUACACCAGGGACUACAAAAAGUUAGGCUUCAUGAAUCAUGUCAAUCCAGCUGUGGAUUUCACUCAGAUCCCCCCAGGAAUGUUGGCUUUGGAUAAUAUGCUGUACUUUGCCAAGCACCAUCAGGAUGCCUACAUUCGGAUUGUUCUAGAAAACAGCAGCCGGGAGGACAAACACGAGUGCCCUUUCGGCCGAAGCAGCAUUGAGCUCACCAAGAUGCUUUGCGAAAUCCUCAAAGUCGGAGAACUACCAAGUGAGACCUGUCAUGACUUCCAUCCCAUGUUUUUCACCCAUGACCGCUCCUUCGAAGAGUUCUUCUGCAGCUGUAUUCAGCUGCUCAAUAAAACCUGGAAGGAAAUGCGAGCCACCUCAGAAGACUUCAAUAAGGUUAUGCAGGUGGUGAGAGAGCAGAUCAUGAGAGCACUCAAUACGAAGCCUAACUCGCUGGACCAGUUUAAAACCAAACUGCAGAACCUGAGCUACACCGAGAUCCUGAAACUGCGCCAGUCUGAGAGGAUGAACCAGGAGGACUUCCAGUCUCCCCCUAUUGUGGAGCUGAGAGAGAAGAUCCAGCCGGAAAUCAUGGAGUUAAUCAAGCAGCAGAGACUGAACAGGCUGUGUGAGGGAACCUGCUUCAGAAAAAUCAGCAGCCGGCGGAGACAAGAUAAGUUCUGGUAUUGCCGACUAUCUCCAAACCACAAGGUCCUGCACUAUGGAGAUCUGGAGGAAAGCCCCCAAGGAGAAGUGCCCCACGAUUCUCUGCAGGACAAACUACCAGUGGCUGAUAUCAAAGCUGUUGUAACUGGAAAAGACUGCCCUCACAUGAAGGAAAAAGGAGCUCUGAAACAGAACAAGGAGGUACAGGAACUUGCAUUCUCUGUCCUGUAUGAGUCAGAUGAAUAUUUAAAUUUUAUUGCUCCUGACAAGCAUGAAUACUGCGUGUGGACAGAUGGUCUAAAUGCUCUUCUGGGAAAGGAAAUGAGCAGCGAGCUCUCCAAGACUGACCUGGACACACUCCUUAACAUGGAGAUGAAGCUCCGCCUCCUGGACCUUGAGAACAUCCAGAUUCCUGAAGCCCCUCCCCCCAUUCCCAAAGAGCCUAGCAACUAUGACUUUGUUUACGACUGCAACUAACAAUGGACUUGACCAGUUACUACUUCUUCAUACUGGAAGGAACUUGUAAGAACAGAAAAGAAAGAAAAACUGGAUCCUACUUUAACCUUCUUCUUUUGUUUUGCUAUACUUGCUAAACUUAACUUUUUUAGGUAUAUUUUGACGUAAUUGCAGCACUUAAUAACUUGCCUGUGAGGCCUUCUGAAGUGUAUCAUCAUAACAACCACACCUAGGCCAGCAGUAUCCAGCUCUGGUAAAGCCAAGAAUUGUACAAAGUAUUCAUGUACCAAACAUCACAGAGCUUCAGCAGUGAAGAACGUCAUGAAAGGACUAGGAUCACUUGAGUUCCACGUUUGCAGAUUCUAUAUUUGAUUUCUCUGUAAAUUAUUUCUGAAUCUUCGUUUUCCUCAAAAUUAUGUUUUUAUAGCUGUUCAAUACAGGAUCCUGUAAUGGUUUCCUGCCUCAGACUGUGGUUUCGACUACAGGAGGAAAUCAAAUGUUGCACAUUGUUACAUGUGGCAGCUAUGUCUCCAAGCAGAAGGAAAAAAUGGUUUACAGGUUGCUUUUUUCCUAGAUUUAGUGGUAUCAGAUUCACAGUUCACACGGACUGUUAAAUCAAGUGCAUCCUCCUUAACUUGGCACUAUCAUGCACAGAAACUGCCUCUGACAUCUUAUUUAAUAAAUCCUGCUUUGAGCUUAAAGCCGCGAUUCCUGAUGCCAGUAGAAUUGUUAUUCAUGCUUGCAACUUGUUCAUUUUUUAUUUUGACUGUGUUCUGUUAUAUUGGCUGUUACAUUCCAAGGCAACAUUAAGCUUUUGUUGAGUAAGCUUGUGUAGCCUUUAGUGGUGUUUGUGAAGUUGCCAAGUAGUCAGUAUUAUGUCAGUGUUUCAGUGUUGAGCAUAACUCAGAAACAACACUUUUAAGGAAGUACAGGAAUAUUUUUUUAAAAUAAAAUUUCAUCCCAAAUUUGAAAUGUAUAUUUAAUUUAAAAAGAUCAUCUGUCUUUUUAUGAUUUUUACCUUAAUCCAUUGAAAUGUCUGUUCUCGGUAACUUUGCCCUUAAACCUGCUGUGUUUACAUUAAAAUUUCAUUAAAUUA